GGCAGCGGACCGCCCCUGUGCGCCGUUGGCUGCCGCGCUCGCCCCGACACCCAUUGGCCAGCGCCGCCUCCUGCCCACCGCGGCGCCAGCACGCUCCGCUCAGUCACUCUCCAUACCUCGCCGAGUGUGUGUUGUGUACCCCGGCGCGCACCAUCCACGCUACGAACGCGUACCACUCUCUCCACGCGACAUCGUACUCGUAACUUGUAAUUCAUCGAACUCUCUAAUGAAACAUUCGUUCUAGUGAACUCUGAAUUUUUUUGCGGUGUUUAUUACAUAGUGGUGCUACCUUUAACGAACAGGUGUCGUUUCCCCGGAUGGUACUGAACUGAUCCUUCUCUUCGUGUGUGCAACUGCAUGAUUAGACAUUAGGGUUGUGUGGAUUGAAGGCGAUGCACUGGAUGAGGCACCGCGUGCCGGGUAGACUCGAUUGAUCGUGGUGAUCGCUUGGUACGUGUGAUGUGCCGGGUGCGGUGACCGUCGCGGUGCGGUGCCGUCGAGCUGGGGGCGAGCGAGGUGCUGAGCGUGGGGCGGGGGUGGCGCGCCCCCGCGCUGGAUGCGGUAGGAGGUGCGGCGGGCGGCGCGGGCCCCGCCGGCGGCGCCGUGGCGAUGACGGUGCAGCGAGACGAGCGCGACGCGCGCGCACCCCGCACCAGGUUCAUGAUCACGGACAUACUGCACGAUGCCGCGCCGAGGGACCUCAGCGCGCACCGGGACUCCGACUCGGACAGGUCCGCGACCGACUCACCAGGUGUAAAAGAUGAUUCGGACGACGUGUCAAGUAAAAGCUGUGGAGGCGAUUCGUCGGGACUCGCGAAAAAACAAAGGAAGGCAAGGACGGCCUUCACAGAUCACCAACUGCAGACGUUAGAAAAAUCUUUCGAAAGACAGAAAUACCUGAGUGUGCAGGAUCGCAUGGAACUUGCUGCGAAGUUAGGCCUUACUGAUACACAGGUUAAAACCUGGUAUCAGAAUAGAAGAACGAAAUGGAAGCGACAAACAGCGGUUGGUUUAGAAUUGCUUGCGGAGGCUGGCAACUACGCUGCGUUCCAGCGUCUAUACGGCGGGUACUGGGCUGGAGUCCCAGCAUACCCGGCACAACCAGCGCCCGCUGCUGCUGACUUAUACUAUAGACAAGCUGCAGCUACAGCCGCCGCGGCUGCAUCCGCCACUGCUAACACAUUGCAGAAACCGUUGCCAUAUCGGUUAUAUCCGGGUGCGCCAUUGGCUGGCGUUCCACCUCUCGGGCUAGGACUACCCGGUCCUUCAGCACAUCUCGGCUCCUUGGGGGCACCAGCACUAGGUGCUUUAGGAUAUUAUGCUCAAGCCCGACGAACGCCGUCCCCGGACUUGGACCCGGGUAGUCCUGCACCUCCUCCACGCUCUCCUAGAGAACCUUCAGUUGAAAGACGCUCCGAUGAUGAAGAAGACGAUGAACCGAUACAUGUUUAAUUCCAGUGGAAACUUUGAGAACAGACUUAAUAUAGAAUAUUAACAACACUAAGAAAUUUCAAAGUGAUUUGUGACGGUACAAAAUGAACAAUGAAAUACCAGUGUGAACUUUCAUAAAGACGUGCGGACACAAAAGUGACACAAUUUACAGUUAAUUUCGCUUAUCCUUAAAUACGAGUAUAAUUAUUAAGAAGCAAUCGCGUUUUGGUGAUUCUUGGUUGCCUUCGCUGGUUGGUUAGGGUUUCUAUUACCCAAUUUCAGUAUUAAUUUAAUGAACACAAUACUGUACAGUGUUAGUUUAGAAAUCGGACUUUUAACCAACAGCAUCUAUCGACAUAUUUGUGAGUAACGGGCAGCUCGUCCGAAAUAUGUGAUAUUAUAAGCCCAGAUAAUUUAAGGAUAUAAUGUAUAAAUUGAUGUUGUAUAAUUACUAAUAUAAUUAUAGAAUACACAUGCUUUGUAAGUCAAUAGGUUUGAUAGGGUAAAAAGGAAUACAUUCCCACAUUUAUAUUAACUUUAAUGUAAGAGCCGCGUGUGAGGAAUUACUCGUAUUUCAGGUUUCUGGUUGAAUUACUACUAGAGUCCAUUGCAAAUAUAAUAUAUUUUUUUAUUAGUUGCUAUCAAUAAUGAUACAAAACUUAAUCUAAUUCAUUUUUAAUUACAUAAAGCGAUAAUAUGUAAACAAUAGAUAAAUAUAACGUGCAGGAAUCCACGUGCAUUUGCUAACAUUUUGAUUCAAUCAUUUGCGAUGCAACUUACCUCUACUUAAUAUAAAUAAAGUUAUAACUUUUGGUUUUAGGUCCUGGUAUCAUAUUUAAUUUUAUAUCAGCUAUACUGACAUCAAUCUACUAAUCUGAAUGAUACAGACUUCUAGGUUUCACUUUAACUAUGGGUCUAUUUAUUUAUCUAUUUUCAUGUACACAAAUACGAAGUUGUGCAUAUGGCGUUAUGUACGCCAUACAACGUCAACCAUGGACAGUGCACAGAGUAUUCAUGGCGGUAAAGAAACAAGUUUCCAAAAUAAUCAGUAAUAGCCAAAAAUAGCAAAUACAUAUUAUGUGAGUAAAGGGUCGCCAACUCGCACUAGUUUUGCAGGCCGUUUACCAUCGUUUACCAUCUGUCAGACUGUUGCUUGUUUGUCAAAUUUGUGGUAUAAAAAAAUUUAGCUGAAAUAUUUUUUUAGAGUUGCGUUUAACCAGUAUUCCUUUAUUCCUAAACGGUAUUGAGCAUUUAUUUAUAUUAAAAAAAAUAUUGCCUAAGUUACGAAAAGUAUUUUAAGAAUACUUGUUUAAAAAAUAAUAAAUAUAAAAAACUUAAUAGUUAAAUUAUGUAGGUUUUUUGAAUUAUUUUCAUAAUGGAAACAAAAGUGCAAUAUUUUUUAACUGAAUUUAUAGAGUCAUUCAAUUAACCUGUUUUUUUUGUACGUAUAGGUACGUAUAUUCUUUGUAUGAGAUCUUUGUUAAAUGUGAUUUUGAUCAUUAAGUUUUUUUUUUUUUUUCAAUUUAUACUCCCCAUGUUGGUCUCAUAUUCUUUUUAUCAGAUCUAGAGAAUUUUUUGCGAAGCAGAUAUUAAAAAUGGACAAAUCUAGCAAUUUAACCAGAAAUAUCGAAAGAAAGAUCUAUGACUUUGAUGUCGGCAAAAUUACUUUUUAUCGAUUCAAAAUUAUUUUUCGAGUUUAACUCAAUUUUAUUUCUUCAUAUAUACUUGAAUCUCGUUCUUACUUUACUAUGAUACACUUACAAUCAGAUUUUUUCUCUUUGUGGACACAGAUAUAUCUUUGGCCAACUGGACCCUUUACAAUUUAGAGAGACCUUACUUUUUUUAAUGCAAUACAUUUUAUGCAAUCCAAAACUAGAUAAUUAUUAACGAUCAAAGACGGUUCCUAUCGGGCUAUUUUCUGUAUUAUAGAAUAAAUUUUUGUUUACAUUAAUCGGGUUAACUGUGGUGCUAUCACCACACACAUAUGGGUAGGUACCUAUCGUACAUAGCUAUAGGCAUAAAACAUUUUAUCAUUAUUAGGUUUAGUCUAUGACUAUAUUAUUAUACGCAACAAUUAUAUAUUAUGUAUUUAAAACUUAAGUAAAAUAAAUUAAAGAUGCCACUUAAACAAAAUUUUAUCCCUUGAUUCUCCAAGUACUUAGGAGUGCAAUAUUAUAUUACAAUAAAGGAGUUUAUACAUGAAAAUAUAAGAAGUCUGAUAUUAUUGAGAUGCUAUAAAAUAAAUAAAAAAUAUUUAUUUAUCCCUUCACAACAUUUUUUUGUUAAAAUGAAAUAAAUACAAUAUAACAUAAUAUUUAAAUAAUGUUUUAUAAGCGUGGCGUGUCAAUGAGAAACAUGUAUUUGGGUACCUACCUAUACUUAGAUUUCAUACAUACAUUAUAAACAACUUAUAAAUAAGAAAUUGGUCAUUGUUCCUUAUUUGAAAAACUUUACUCGAAACUUAUUUAUCUUAUUUGUAGGUAGCUGUGUAUCCAGUUGGAAUAGAAGAGUCAUUCAGCGAUGAAAAAAUAUAGUAAUGUAGUAGGCAUAUAAAUCAAGGCCAUUGUAUAAUCAGACGAUAUAUUAAACCUGGUUGCCUACAUGCAAAGUUGCGUCUAUUAUUAAGGAUUAAUGAUUUUUUUACUGUACCUAAAAUAUAUUGAAUCGUUUGAAAAUAAUAACAGAAGCAAUAGCGUCAUAUACGAUCUGAAAUUGUUGAAUAUAGCUACGCAUAGUGAUUACGAGACUUGUAAUAUAGUAAUUCGGAUAUUAAGUCGAUAAUUCGACAACACAUUGUGCAAAGAAUUGUAUAUUAAUUAUUAUUCAUAUAUGUAGGUAUCUAUUGCUAGUAUAAAAUACAGAACUUGAAGUAUUAAAUGUAUGUAAAGUACCUAAAGUUACAUAGCGACAAUGUACUUAAGCAAACCGGAAUGUGGCAUUUUAUGUCCAUUAGAUUUUGUGGUGUUUUUUAAUUAAAAUGUUGUCAAUUAAA